AGGGAACUGACUGGGGAGGGGGGUGACCUGGGGGGAAACUGUGUGCCUAGAAACCCUUCGUAAGUAAAUCAUGCAGAGAUUUCCUGACAUUGAUUCUGAGCAAAGCUCACUGAUUGAAUAUGUCCAUAGAUGAUUCUGCUGGAAGCACAGAAAUCUAAUUAUCUGAGCACGUGAAAAAAUGUCUCCACUAAAUCAUUUAAAAAUGUGGGUCACUAAAAUCAUGGCACAACCUUAAAAAAAAUCCAAAAAUUAUUUUGAGGACAAAAAAAUAUGUAUAAGCCAAAAAAAAUACACUUGAAACUUUGUGACAAAAGGAAACGAAUAUUCUUGUCGGUAUUCCUAUCAGAGAAACGUCACAGUACAAACGUUUGUGACAGCUGUCCUACACUCGUCUGUGCAGAUGACGCCGGCAUCCAUAAUCCAGACAUCAAGGCCAGACAAAGGGCUUUCACCCGGCAUUAUCAACAUCUAACAUCUUAGUACAACAACUCUUUCCCCCCACAAGAGUUAGGUUGAGCCAUUGUUAUAGUAGUCAUGGAGGGGUCUCAAGAGGUGCUUCUAGAUGGACCCAAUCAACAACAGGACAACCAGAAAAAUACCAGGUUUCAGGUUCAAACUGUGGACAAUGAUGGCAAUCAGCAGCACCUGUCAGUACCACAUUGGACUCCAAACAUCCCAACUUCUCCUAAUGGUGCUAGGGAAAGAACUGAGUCUGAUACUUCUCAGAACCCUUUUGUUGACGUAGAAGAAGGUCCGAAUGCAGUGAAGUUCUCUGAUAAUGUCAAGGAAGAGACAACACCGUCGGACAGUCUCAGUGAGCCACGAGAGUUGCGCUUGAAAGUGUGUGUUUUGUUCUUGGCUGUGCUAAUCAUAGGAGGGGUCAUCACUAUCUGGUACUUCUAUGAGGAGCCGGAACUGGAAGCUGACAUCGGCCAUACCUACAGACUGUUUGAGAAGACCAAACUCUUUUCUCUAGAGAAUGGACGGGGGAAGCAGAUCCUCGAUGGUCGGGUGGGCGUACACCUUCCGGACAGCAUCGUCCCGUACUGGUGCGGAAGCAAAAAUACAAUUUGUCUGGAAUGGAAAACCUUUGCAAAGAUACACAUAACUUCCACAGCCAUGGAAGAGGUGGAAUGUUACCGCAUAGUGUGGGAAACUUAUAAACCAACUUUUGCUCCGGAAGACUGCUUUAACAUGUUACCAGGACACUGGUAUGGCGGGGCAGAGAUGGACACACAGGAUUGGCCGUUAGAGAAAGGAAACAGAACCAUGGUGCCGUUUGUGUCCUCAGAUCUCAGAGCAGAACCGGAAGGGUUUGGGUCAGUCCUGGAUCGCUACUUUCUGUCAUCCAUGGGAGUCGCAGUCAUCAUUGAUGACAAUGUCCCGCUGCAUGUGGGGACCAGCAGAGAAAAGCUAUGUUUAAAGGCAUGGUACGACAGGUCGCCAUUUCCCAAUCCCAACAGUGCACAGCCCAUGCUGAACUACAGCCUCUGUGUUGGUUCUGAUGUCAAAGCUGUGCACAAGUAUGUUGUAGACAAUGUUUUACCAAGAGUCAAUACCACAAAAUCUGUACCAGACACAACACAGAUGCAGUUACCUAGAUGGGUCACAUGGCCAUACUUAAAAUCAAAGAUAAACACAACAACGGUAAACAACUAUGCAGCCAGUAUUGUAAACAACAGUCUUGCUCAUGGUGUUCUUGAAAUUGGUGAUGGUUACUCCACAAAGUAUGGCGAUUUUGACUUUGAUCAAACCAAGUUUCCUGAUCCUGUCGGUAUGAUAGGACAACUUAAACAAGAACAGUUUAAAGUCAGCUUGUGGGCACAUCCAUUUGCAAACUAUGACUCCAUGACAUUUGUGGAAGGUCUCAGGAAAGGCCACUGGGUCAACAGUGCAAAGGGAAAUGCACCAGGUAUUGUUAAAUGGUGGAAUGGAUAUGGGACUGUUAUUGACGUUACUAGCAAAGAUGCCCGGACUUGGUUCAUUGGCAAGACCAGAAGCCUCCUGCAGGAUUAUGGGUGUGAUGGUGUGUACUUUGAUGGCGGAGAAGUAAGUUACCUUCCUGCAGGCUUUGUAACAGAAUCUGAGCCCGUGGUUCCAGAUGAGUAUGCCACAAUGUAUGUUAGUGAAAUUGCUGCUGAGUUUGGUCCCAGCACUCAGGUCAGUGUCGGCUACAAGACCCAGGAUGUUCCCAUGUUUGUCCGCAUGACUGAAAGGCGUUCCACAUGGGGUGACAGACGUGGCCUUAAGUCUGUCAUACCUACUGCCCUCACCAUGGGCAUUUUGGGAUACCCCUUUGUGAACCCCGGCCCCGUGGGGGGUUCCAGUGAAGAUAUGCCUGACCCAGAACUCUAUGUCCGCUGGAUGGAACUGGCUAUCUUUCUCCCUGUCAUAGAAUUCUCCUGGCCACCAUGGCAGUUUGGUGAAGAAAUGGUGCAGUUUGCUCAGAAGAUGUUAAAGUUGCGAGAGGACGUUGUGAUUGCACCCACCAUCAAACUUGCGCGAGAGAGCCUUGAAACAGGAGAGCCAAUCAUCCGUCCGCUGUGGUGGCUUGCACCAAAAGACAACAUUGCCCAUGUCGUGGAUUCUGAGUUCCUCAUUGGUAACACAACACUAGUUGCACCCAUCCUAGCUCCGUCAACAACUAUGAGGGACAUAUACCUUCCCUCAGGCUACAAGUGGAAAGAAGGACUAAGAAAUGGUGUUGUCCAUGAUGGUGGUCAAAUGCUGAAGGAUUAUCAAGUUAAUCUGUAUGAAAUUGCAUACUUUACUAGAGUUGACACUGAAGCAUAAGUUUUUAGAAGCAAAGAAAUUGCUACAGAACUUAUUCAGUCUUGCCUGUAUACAACAUCCAUAUAUGUAACCAGAGAUUAUGUGUUGUAGUUACUACUCAUCAAUGUAUUGUACAAGAAGUGCUGCAAAUUUAAGAAUAAACUUUCAUUGAUUUUUAAGCUGAGCUUGAAGGAAAAUGCCAAACCUGUUUGAAAAAGUACGUUUUCACAGUUUGGUUUAUGUUACUGAAGAUAUGAUUAUCAUUGUGAUAUGUUACAUGUCCAUCGCUUUUUUUUGGUACACCUCUGUUUGAAAUUGAUGAUGUGUCAGGAAACCAUACAUGUACAGCAUAGUGUUAAAUACACAACUUAGUGUUACGUGUUACAAUCAAGUGUUUCCUGCAAAACAUAAUACAUGUACAAACAUGUAUUGCAUGUAAAAUAUAGUGUUGUGUGUAGAAUAUAGUAUUACAUGUACACAUUGGCUGCUAAUGGCAGGGGCCAUUGCCUUCCAAAAUCUGUACUUGAUGCAAUUUGUCAGAUGUUGGUAAUGCAUGCAUCAGACUUCUCCAAACCAUGACAUACCACAAAGGGUCUUAUCAUUUACCCUCCAAGCAGAGGUCAGGCUAUGGCUUGUUUUUGAUGUCUUUAGGCAUUUGGCCAGCCUUUCUAUUUUUCAGUCUUUCUUUUCUACAUUCUGCCUAACUGCUAAGCAGAAUAAUUCAGAAAAUCUGACUCCACAGAAAGGCUGACAAAAUACCCACAAAGACUUUCAAAAGAAACCAAAGCCUAAUCACUGCUUGGUUAGUAUGGUCAUGCACCAGUGGUGUACAAUGUUAUCACAAGUUACAGAGCUGACUGAACUCUUUUUACCGCGGUAUAUCAUAAUGGUAUGUGAUGUAACUAAGGUUCCCAGUAGCAGUAUUGAGUGUAAGGUGUACAAUUUGUAUACUGUAUCAAAUAUGGCAGGUUCUUGCCCCUGACUGCAUGUAGCUGCAUGAGAUGUAAGAUGAGAACAGUGAAAACAAUGUCUACCAGUACCAAUACAUGUAUAUGUAUAUCUUCAUGGAUUCAACAAUAAUAGUAGUCACUGUAAACUGAGCAUUGGAUGAACCCACGUCACCGCCAAAAACAUGGAACAAGGUUCAAAGAUCUCAUCUCAUUGUAAUAUAAAUUUAUUUAGAGUUUCUCAUGUCUUUAGGAGUAAAGUUUUGAUUAACAUUACGUGUCCAUUGAUCACUUGAUGUCACUCUGAGUCUACAGUAAAAGUAUGUGGAAAAUACAAAACUACAAAAACACA